AUUCACACCCGACCCACCCACCCCAUUCCCCAUUUCCCCAUCCGUGCGAGUGCGCCGGCGGCCAGGAGCGGCGGGUGGAGCAUUGCGGCCAAAUCUGCCGCCCCGCUAGCCGCCGGCCAUGGAGGCCGCCGCAGCGCCAGCGGCACCCGUCCCCGACCAGGGGGGUUCCCAGUGGACCGCAUCGAAGACGGCACGGAGGCGCGACUCCGACGAGAGCGCCGCCGAUUUCAUCAGCAGGGUCCCCGACGCCGUCCUCUGCACCAUCAUCUCCCUCCUCCCCACCAAGGACGGCGGCCGCACGCAGGUCUUCUCCCGCCGAUGGCGCCCCCUGUGGCGCUCCGCCCCUCUCAACCUCGAGGUCCGCGUCCCAUACCCCGGCCGCGGCGUCCGCACCUCCUCCGUCGCCCCCGAUGUCGUCCCCAAGGUAAUCUCGCAGCAUCCUGGUCCCGCCCGCCGAUUCUGCUUCCACGGCCUCCGCCCCGGCGACCUCCACGACCAGGCGGAGAGCUGGUUCCGCUCCCGGGCCCUCGCCAACCUUGAGGUGCUCGAAGUCGGCUACAAGGUCCACGGUGAAAAAGAGUUAGAAGAACUUAUUCUGGCGAGAAUUUCCCUGCCGCCAUCCGCCUUUCGCUCUGCAUCUACCCUCCUCGUUGCCGAGAUCGGCUACUGUGAUUUGCCCCGAGAGAUGGUGCCGUCCAUGGGCUUUGACCUCCUCGAGCUUCUCUCCUUGAUCUCCGUUUCCAUCUCAGUGGAGGUCUUCCGCGGACUGCUCUCUGCUUGCCGUGCCUUGAAGAGCUUACACAUGUCCGGAGUUCGUGGUGCUAGUUGCCUCCAUGUUCGCUCGCCGACUCUUAGGAGUAUAUGCUUCCGUGACAGCUCUGGUAAAGUAGAGCUUGUCAUCGAGGAUGCGCCUCGCCUUGUGAGGUUACUAAUGCCUUUUGGUUCCCGAGAUGAUUGUGGUACUAUCCGGGUAAUUUCUGCGCCUAAACUGGAGAUAUUGGGCCCUUUGUUACCUGUUGUCUCCAAGCUCCUAGUCUCCCAGGGAAUAAGUUCAGCCGGCUCGGGAAACUCGAUGUAUACCGUGAAGAUUUUGGCUCUCAGGUGUUCUGGAUAUGAAUUGGAUGGAGUUCUUAAUAUCCUUAGGAGGUUCCCCUGUCUUGAGAAGCUCUAUGUUAUUUUUCACAAACACAAAGAGAUGGAUAAGAAAAUUGAGCCUCAGUAUGACCGACUACAUCCAAUUGAAUGCCUUCAAACCCAUCUCAAAACAGUGGUGUUUGAAGUAUUCAUGAGCCAUGAUAAACAGCUUGAGUUUGCCAAGUUCUUUGUUUUGAAUGCAGAAGUGCUAAAGAAAAUUGAAUUUGAUGGAAUAUAUGGGGCCUACAACAGUAUAUCGCUGGCUUACCAACACAGGCUGCUAAGAGUGGAAAACAGAGCUUCUCGAGAUGCUCAAUUUGAAUUCAUGAAUAGACAUCGUGAUACUGAGAAACAUCUCAACAAGCAUAAUUUGUCAGUGGCUGACCCCUUCCAACAGCCAUAGACAGGGUUGAUGCCUGAAGAUUUCACUGUUCUUAGUGUCUUGUGAAAUAGUGCACUGUGGAAAAUUUCUGAUGGGCAGGGAUGCAAAAAUAUUACUUCCAAAAUUUGUAGCUGUUAAGUGGUAACCCCAUCUGCCAAAACUCCUCCUAUGGUCUUAUCCUGUGCAAUCGGCUGUGACUUUGUUCUGCCAAAGCUGGGCUAGGAACACAUCCUUGCGUUGGAAACUUAAUUGCCUUUUCAGUUAUCAUAUAUACAUAAGGAGAGAAGUUUGAUGGCU